GACGCGAAGGUGGGAGCAGGAGGGGCGCGGAGCCGCGCCAGCUCCAUGCCGCAGGAUGCGCUGAGCGGGGGGUGGGAGCUGCCGCCGCCGCCGCCGCCGCCGCCGCCCGGGAGCAUCGCAGCGCGGCCGGGAUGGAGGCGCUGAGACGCUGCCGGCCCCAGGCUGCCCGCUCCGCCCGCCGCCGCCGCCGCGCCCGAGCCGCCGCUCUCCCGUCGGGAGCCAUGUAACCGCCCGGCUGCUCGCGGAUCGCUCCGGCCCCCGGCUCGCUGCCGAGAUGAAGAAGCAAUUCAACCGCAUGCGGCAGCUCGCCAACCAGACCGUGGGCAGAGCUGAAAAAACAGAAGUCCUGAGUGAAGAUCUCUUGCAGGUGGAGAAGCGGUUGGAGCUGGUGAAGCAGGUCUCCCACAGCACUCACAAGAAACUGACAGCCUGUCUGCAGGGGCAACAAGGCGUGGAUGCUGACAAGCGCUCAAAAAAGUUACCUUUGACGACGCUGGCCCAGUGCUUAACGGAAGGCUCCGCCAUUUUAGGGGACGACUCUCUACUGGGGAAGAUGCUCAAAUUAUGCGGCGAGGCGGAAGAUAAACUAGCCCAGGAGCUCAUCCAUUUCGAGCUGGAAGUAGAACGGGAUGUGAUCGAGCCUCUGUUUGUGCUAGCUGAGGUGGAAAUCCCAAAUAUCCAAAAACAGAGGAAGCAUUUAGCAAAAUUAGUCUUGGAUAUGGAUUCCUCACGGACAAGGUGGCAGCAGUCGGCGAAGUCGUCAGGUUUGUCGAGCAACCUGCAGCCGUUGGGUGCCAAAGCGGACGCUCUCAGGGAAGAGAUGGAGGAGGCGGCGAACAGAGUGGAGAUUUGCAGGACCAACAGGGGCCACACACAGGGCAUCACUGACCAUCCUAAGAUUGCCAAUUGGAGAGGCUCAGAUGCUGAGCUGUUGAAGGACCAGCUCUCAGCUGACAUGUACAAUUUCGUGGCCAAAGAAAUAGACUAUGCAAACUACUUCCAAACUUUAAUAGAAGUGCAAGCAGAAUACCAUAGGAAGUCAUUAGCACUUUUACAGAACGUGUUGCCUCAGAUAAAAGCACAGCAGGAAGCCUGGAUCGAGAAGCCCUCCUUCGGGAAGCCCCUGGAGGAGCACCUGGCCGUCAGCGGGCGGGAGAUCGCCUUCCCCAUCGAGGCCUGUGUCACCAUGCUGCUGGAGUGCGGAAUGCAGGAGGAGGGUCUCUUCAGGGUGGCUCCUUCUGCAUCCAAGUUAAAGAAGCUCAAGGCAGCUCUCGACUGCUGCGUGGUGGAUGUGCAGGAGUAUUCAGCAGACCCCCAUGCCAUUGCAGGGGCACUGAAGUCCUAUCUCCGAGAGCUUCCAGAGCCUCUCAUGACCUUUGAGCUCUAUGACGAAUGGAUUCAAGCUUCCAACAUCCAGGACCAAGACAAGAGGCUGCAGGCCCUGUGGAAUGCCUGCGAAAAACUGCCCAAGGCCAACUACAACAACAUCAGGUACCUAAUCAAAUUCCUAGCAAAGCUAACAGAAUACCAGGAUGCUAACAAAAUGACACCAAGCAAUGUGGCGAUAGUGCUGGGCCCCAACCUCCUCUGGCCUCAAACAGAAGGAAACAUCACGGAGAUGAUGACGACGGUGUCUCUGCAGAUCGUGGGGAUUAUCGAGCCCCUCAUCCAGCAUGCCGACUGGUUCUUCCCCGGAGACAUUGAAUUCAACGUGACCGGGAACUACGGCAGCCCCAUGCACGUCAACCACAACGCCAACUACAGCUCCAUGCCGUCCCCUGACAUGGACCACUCCGACCGCAAGCAGCACGACCAGGCCCGGCGCCCCCUCAGCGUGGCCACGGACAACAUGAUGCUGGAGUUUUACAAAAAGGAUGGCCUUAGGAAAAUCCAAAGCAUGGGCGUCAGGGUGAUGGACACAUCUUGGGUGGCCCGCAGAGGCACCACCAUAGUUCGAAAAGCGUCCUCCACCCCGCCUGCCAUGCAGCCCCCCGCGCCGCCUUCCGAUCUCGCUGCAACUCCUCAGUCACCAAUUCCUGAGCAAUCUCUUGAUAUUUCAGCUACUCCCUCCCCUACUCCAACUAGCUUCAGCUUCCAGCCAGGAGCCGAACGGACAAGCACGGAUGAUGUGUCGUCUAGUUGGUUGGACUCCUGUUACCACUACCUUUCCCCCGAGGACGACAGGCCCCCCCCUUACCCUUGCUAUCAGCACCUCCGCCAUUACCACCCCCAGGCUCGGCCCGAGGCCCCCUCGCCACCCUACCGGUGGUCGGGGCACAGCCAAACUCUGCCUCCCCGCUCCUCCUCCUCCUCCUCCUCCUCUCCCAGCCCUCAGCCGCUUGACAUUAACUCGAACCCAAAGCCCUGCUUUCUGCACCUCCCCAAGCAGAGCUCCCUUGCCGAAUCGCAUGCUCUCAAAACUAAUCUCUCCACCCCCUCCAUCAAACCCCCACUUGUCUUAGCCAAACCAGACCCACCUGGCGCUCCUUACCCCUCCCUUAUGUCAGCCUCUCCCCCCUGGGUCGGCUGCGCCAGCGACAGAGGAGCCGGCCUGACUAGUACUUUAAAAACCAAGGAGCUGUCGCCCGUGUCUGGGCAGAAAGGCAGCCCAGGCUCCGGUCAUGUGGCCCCAUGUGGGAGCAUGCAGCAGGUGGCCAGUCCCACUCAGCAGCUGUCCACGGAGCAGAGCCCUCACACACUGCGCAAAGUUUCAAAGAAGCUGGCUCCAAUCCCACCCAAGGUGCCCUAUGGCCAGUCAGGCGGUAUGUCCGACCAGUCCACAGGACAGCCAUCCCCCGUCAGCCUGUCUCCCACCCCUCCGAGCACCCCUUCACCCUAUGGACUGAAUUACCCACAUGGCUACUCACUGGCCUCAGGUCAGCUCUCCCCAGCUGCUGCUCCUUCCCUGUCUUCUCCUCCUUCCCUGACGAGCACUUUAACCAAGUCUCGACCCACCCCUAAGCCAAGGCAGAGGCCCACGCUGCCACCGCCACAGCCUCCCACAGCAAGCCUGACCGGCGCUAGCCCGCAGUCCAUGGACCACACCCUGCUAGAUGACAUGUCCCCCGGGGAAAGCAUGUCCACAGCUGUUUGAGGCGAGUGAUGCAAUAUUGGAUAGGUGUGAGGGGGAUUCUCAGGAUCUCGUCCACUUUGAUGUUCCUUCUAUACACAUUGAGGUUGAUCCUGCACUCCACGGAGAUCCGCUGGAACAAACCCAGAGACAUUCCGUGGCAGGGAAAGUCGAUUCAGAAGAGGAAGAAUCGGAAAGCACCGCCCUAUGACAUAGCGUCCCCUUCCCACAUUGACUCUCUUGUA